GGCGCGUCAAAGUGGGAAAAAAUAGCAUGUGAAAUCCAUUAUGGGCUAGAACUCGAAGGGCACAAGCAGGCCAAGAGACACGUACCGAAGAGAGGGACAGGGGACAAGGGAUAAGAGAGUGAGCCAAGGCACGUCAGGGUGCUACGCUAGAGUUGGAUGCAAAAUUGUUCUUAGUCAAGGGGCUUAUCGCAGUGGUGAGGAAGAUGGAAUACAGGAAGAAAGAACAAAGACAGGAGGGAAUAUCAUUAUCUGUUGUGUGAUCGCAGGUAGCUGAAAAGAUACCGACAGUGCAAAAUUGAACGAAUGUGGGAGAUCGGGAAGCUCGUUGAUAGGCUGGCGGGCUAUCCUGUUUUUGGAGGGAGGCUGCUGGCAAUGAUCUCAUCAUCUUGAGGUGGUGCUUGCGUGCCGCCGACUGUUUGAAGGGAAAAAGAAUUGGUGGGGCAGAGCUGUGCCAAAACUGCCUGCAGUGCCCCUCUAUGCUAUCAUAUCCAAGCUCUAGUGUGUCUGCUAUCAGAGAGCAUCGGGACGGAUCAGUCGGUGCACCGUGUGCGAAGAGGCAGCGACUUGGAAGCAAGCCCUGGUGUCUCGAGCUCCUCCCACUCGCGUCAUUCCUCCACCUUGGCUUUCCCUCUUCCUCUAAAUUCAUCUUGCCAUCCUCAAAUCGUCUCCUGGAACCCCCAAUCCAAAAGACAUCAUUCUGCCACAAGGAAAUUACACCACUCACCAACAGCUUUGUUGUAGUCUACACCUCCUACCGACUUCCUCAGCGCACACAACCACUUGUGGGUUUUCUCCGUCGCCUGCCAGUCGAAAGCUCCCCUCCAACGGUUCCCGACUCCCAGAAUUUGUCUCUCGACAGUUGCCAAACUACCAAUAAUCCCCGCCCAACGACAUCAUAUCCAUCAAAAAUGGCUGACAUUUCGAACGGACAUGCGAACGGGAAUGCCAGCGUGGAUGCCCUUAAGAACAACCUUGCUGCCACCUACAACAAUGUUACCAGCGGCCCUGUAGCUCAGAACAUCAAGGCCGAGGGCGCGAGAACCACGGAUGAGCUUUCCAACUUGGCCAACUCUCGCCGCGCUCCUUCGUACACCGCGGCUACUGGCCAGCCCUUGACUCAUUACCACUCCUUCUUCUCGGAGCUGUUGUCAUGGAAGAAUCCUCGCGCCUCUGGAAUUGCCUACCUCACAAUCAUCUCGUUCAUCUUCUCGGUUAGAUACCUGGAUGUUCUCCGAUGGGGUCUCAAGCUCACAUGGAUGGCCCUCGGUGUUACCAUUGCCGCCGAGAUCGCCGGAAAAGCCAUUUUGAACAAUGGCUUUGCUACCCAGCUCCGCCCUCGCAAGUACUACACUGUUCCCCGAGAGACACUUGAUGCCGUUAUUGGCGACGUCAACGAACUUAUCAACUUUGGUGUGAUCGAGUCCCAACGCAUCCUUUUCGCUGAGAACAUCUGGGCUUCCGCUGCUGUUGCCCUCGGCGCCUUCAUCUCGUAUUACUUGGUCAAGGUUGUCCCGUACUGGGGUCUUGCUCUCAUCGCCACCUCCGUCAUCUUCUUCGCCCCUCUCAUUUACACCACCAACCAGGAGCUUAUCGACAGCCAGAUCCAGCACGCUGGUGAGAUUAUCAAUGACCAGACCGAGCAGAUCCGCUCCUUGGUCCAGAAGAACACCGAGCAAGCCACCCAGGUUACCAAGCAGUACAUGGGCGACUACACCGCCAAGGCUCAGUCCUUGAUCAAGGGUGCUGUUGGUCAGGAGAAUGGCCACAAAUCCGAGCUCAAGCCGACUGACUUCCCCGUCGCUCCCAAGGAGGACAUCAAGUCAGAGCCUAUUGCUCCCCCUACCAAGGCCGGUGAGGAGGAGCCUUUGAUCGCUGCUUAAGUGAGCAAGGCUUCCUUCGACAAUCAUUCGCGCUUCCUCUGCCUUGUUGAGCCAGAUGAGUGACAAAAAAACAGAAAUCCGAUCAAGCCUGUGGCAAACUUUUAUGGCGCGGUACGGGGCAUGGAAUGGCUGGACGGUACAAAGACUGCCACUUUUUCUUUUAAUGGGAUCAUGGGAUGGUGCGAGACUGCUUUUUUCUCAGUAGUUUUCGAUAUGCUAUUGUUUUUAUUCCCGGUUUAUGUUUUCUUUUGGGGGCUAUUGGGAUGAGGAGGGACGUUGAAUCCACGAAUGCGUUCCCCUGUUUUGUUGUUAUGAGUAGUUAUGAACCUAGGGUUUCCUGGCAAAAAUGACAUGGGGGGUAACCGGGUGUUGGUUGUAAUACAAGUACGUUUUUGUUA